AGAAGAAGAAAAAGAAGAAGAGCAUGCUGCUUAUACACAGUGCCCUGGCUUGUGCUUCCAGCUAACAGUGGUGUGUCUGUGUUCCUGCACUGGAGUGACUGAUGAAAAACAGUAGUCAAGUCUGGAGGGUGCUCCCCUGUCAGUGCAUUUGCCUCUCAGUUCUUGGAAAAUUAGAAGCAUUGCUCUUCCAUUAUUUCUUAUUAGAAUGGGUUGCAAUCUGUGCAGUUUUCAGAAGAGGGAGGAACACUACAAACUGCUUUAUGAAGUUUCUCAGGUCAAUGGGAAAGAUCUCUCCAAAGCCACCCAUGAAGAGGCAGUAGAAGCAUUUCGUAAUGCAAAAGAGCCCAUUGUAGUUCAGGUUCUACGAAGAGCACCUCUUAUUAAAACAUAUGGAAGCACACAAGAUGUUCGGCUCAUAGAUGCUAGCACUCAGACAGAUAUUACAUUUGAGCACAUUAUGGCACUGGCCAAACUAAGGCCAACCACACCACCAGUACCUGACAUCUGUCCUUUCUUGCUUUCUGACAGCUGCCACUCUCUUCACCCAGUUGAGCAUGAAUUUUAUGAAGGCAAUGAGUAUCUUUCCAGUCUGCCUGGUGAUGCAGAUAGAACUGAGGACUUCGAGUAUGAGGAAGUUGAGCUUUGUCGCAUUAGCAGUCAGGAAAAGCUUGGAUUGACAGUCUGUUAUCGUACCGAUGAUGAAGAAGACACGGGAAUCUAUAUCAGUGAGGUUGAUCCAAAUAGUAUUGCUGCCCGAGAUGGACGGAUUCGGGAAGGAGACCGGAUUUUACAAAUAAAUGGCCAAGAUGUCCAGAACCGGGAAGAAGCAGUGGCAUUGCUCUCCAGUGACGAAUGCAAGAAAAUUGUAUUGUUGGUAGCAAGACCAGAGAUGCAGCUGGAAGAAGGAUGGCUGGAUGAUGAAAGGAAUGAAUUCUUAGAGGAAUUAAACUUGGAAAUAUUGGAAGAACAGCAUAAUGAAGCACAGCAGUACACAGGCAAUGAAGUGGAGCAGCCAAAGAAACAUGAAGAGGAAGAUGGCACUACAGAUACUGCUACCUCUUCAUCCAAUAAAGAUAGUGGAGUGGGUCCCACAGAUGAGAGCCAGCGUAAUGAUGAGAGCUCAGAGCAAGAGAAUCCACCAGAAGAGCAGAACAACACAACCAUGCAAAGCCCUCAAGACAUUGGACACAGCCAGGAAAAUCUGGGAAGCAUUGAACUUCAGUGCAACAAAAGUUUAGUGUCUAAGGAAUACAUUGAAUCUGAUUUUGUUGAUAACCAGGAAGAGGACUGUGAAAGGUUUCGCCAACUGCUGGAACUCAAAUGUAAGAUCCGAAAUCAUGGAGAAUAUGACUUGUAUUAUUCCAGUAGCACAAUCGAAUGUAAUAGGAGGAAGAAAGAUGGUGUUGAACAUGAACUUCAACUGCUCAAUGAAGAACUGAGGAACAUUGAGCUUGAAUGUCAGAAUAUUAUGCAGGCUCACCGGCUCCAAAAAGUAAAAGAUCAGUAUGGAGACAUUUGGGCACUACAUGGUAGUACUUUCAGAAACUAUAGCACCACAAUAGACCUUCAGGGAGGGACACUGGAUGAUAUAAUAGAGCACCCAGAGAAAUCAGACAAAGACAGUUCCAGUGCUUACAAUACAGCAGAGAGCUGCAGAAGCACCCCACUGAAUGUAGAGCGAUCUCCUGAUAGCUCUCUCCAGCGCAUGAUUAGCAUCACCAACAGGAAAAACCUCAGGAGCACCAUUGUGGCUAAUCAGCUGUCUUCAAGGCAGAGUAGCAAGGAGACAGCCCCUAACAAAACUAAAGCUACUGAACAAAACAGUUCUUUUGAAGAAAAAGAAUCUGUUUCAGAAAGUAGUAAAUCAACGGAGCAAGACAAACAAAGCCCUGAGCAUAUUCCUUAUCUGUCCCCCUAUCAUAGUUCAUCCUACAGGUUUGGAAAUAUACCUGCACAUGCUAAGCAUUAUCAAAGCUAUAUGCAGCUGAUACAACAAAAAUCUGCAGUGGAGUAUGCUCAAAGCCAGAUCAGUCUGGUGAACAUGUGCAAAGAUUCACAGAAAUGUACAGAGCCCAAGAUGGAAUGGAAAGUUAAAAUAAGGAGCGAUGGAACAAGGUAUAUCACCAAAAGACCAGUAAGAGACAGAAUCCUCAAGGAACGUGCCUUAAAGAUUAAAGAGGAGCGCAGUGGGAUGACAACAGAUGAUGAUACAAUGAGUGAAAUGAAGAUGGGUCGUUACUGGAGCAAAGAGGAGCGGAAGCAGCACCUGGUACGAGCCAAGGAGCAGAGAAGGCGCCGGGAAUUCAUGAUGCGUAGCAGGUUAGAGUGUCUUAAGGAAAGCCCACAAAGCAGCAGCGAGGGCAAAAAGGAAAUUAACAUCAUUGAACUCAGCCACAAAAAGAUGAUGAAAAAGAGGAACAAGAAGAUCUUGGACAACUGGAUGACUAUCCAGGAACUUAUGACACAUGGUGCUAAAUCCCCAGAUGACACACGAGUGCACAAUGCUUUUUUAUCAGUUACUACUGUAUGAAUAUAUCUAUUCUGAAAAAGUCUACUACCACUUUUGGUAGUGUACGAUUGCCUCGUUCAAAGUGGCAUUUUUAAAAUAUAUUUUGUGACCUUUUUAUAGUUUGGCCUUUUUUGUAAGGAAAUUACUUGGUAAUUUUACAUUUCCUUUUCAUACAAUAGUAUUUUCUUUAACUGGUAAUUUUGCAAUUUUUCUUUACUCUGCAAUAUAUUCAUAAUAUUCAAAACUUUGAAAAAAGGAGUAGCCAAUUACUUUCAUACUGAAUUUUAUGUACUGAAACGUAAUAACUGGAUCUUUUCCUCUAGUUUCCUUUUUUAAUACUUUACUAAUUCUACAAUGCCAAAACAAAAUGCUUUAUACCUUAUCCUUGCUUUUUGGCAGCUUAAAUUUUCUAAACGUGUAUGUUCCAUCUUUUCAUAAUUCAUAAGCCACAUCUCCUCAUGAAACUUCUGAGUGACAUUUUUGUUCAACAGCACAUUGUACAGUACAUCUCCUUUUUAAAAUUAUGAUUGUCUUUGUCCAAGUAAAGUGUUGGUGAAGAAUUCUCCCGUGAUGUAUAAUGGCAUUCAUUGUGUAGCUAAGUAAUAUGUGAUAAUUGUGAAGAUCAAAGAGAAAUAAAUUAUUUCUUAUCUUUAAGGGAAAAAAAUCAAGGGCUGCUUUAAUUUUAAUUCACUAUCUCUUGCAGACAUGAUAUUUGAAAGCCACACUAAAAUGUCAGAUAAAUGAAAAUUCAUGUGGAUUUUUAUGUGCUCCCUUUUCUAAGCUUUCAGUGGAUUCCUGUAAUUCUACUGUCAUUAAUACAUACCAUUUUAAAGCAGGAGAUAGAUUAUUGGGGAGACAUUUUUAAGGUUGAAUGAUUCCCACCCUUGCCCUGUUGGGCACUGAAUCUUUAACCAGCACUAUUUCCUCGCCCCCUGCAAAAAAUAAUAAUGUUAAUUUAAUGCAGAUAUUGUUUAAAUCCUCUGUUAGAUUUUUUUCAUGUGAUGUCAGGCAAUAGUUAUAUAUACCUCAUAUAUUUUUCAGAUGUGUGUGCUGCUAAAUAUAUAACAUGAAAAUGUGAUCAGUUGAUGACUGAAAACACUAGAUUGCUUGAAGUUCAGUGUGCAAAUCUGUGACUGUUGUUGUGAUAAGUGAGACAUCCCACAUAGUUUUUUAGGACUGCAAACCUUCAGUUUAGUAAUAAAGAAAAAUGUGGAGAAGAUGCAUAAUUAUACACUAUAAAAUACUUUAGUUUUGCUGUCAUGAUUGGCAGAUGUAAUUUUAUUUUCUAAUUUUAGUGAAUAACACACAGUCAUCAAUAUGUAAUUGAGAAAUGUUUUAGAAAAUAACAUGAUAUGCUUCCCAGAUGAAUAACAUUUUUCUUCUUUCUAUCCCUAUCUAGAGAAAAUUGGUUUUCAGUUGCAGAAAACACUUUUAUUUUUCUCUGUAAGAUCAAUGGCAACAUGAAAUGUGUCAUAUCUUUUUCUCUUUUACCAGGUUUUCAUGCUAAAAGUGCUAUGUUCAGCAUUAAAAAUUGACACUAGUUGCUUGGGGGAAAAUUGCCUUGAAACAAACUGCAUAAGACAUGUCAAUUUUGCUGUUCUGUUAGAGAAUUACUAAUGUUUGUGAUCAAGACUAAGGAGGGGGAGGACACAUUGAGCCAGCAUUUUUUUAACUUCUAAUCCUACUUUGUGGUUCUGAGACGUUCUGUCAAGUCAUCUACAUUGAUGCAUUUCUAAAUGAAAAAUGUGCAAAUAAAAUGUGUGUCUU